GGUCCUGGGUCUGGGAGAGGUGCUGAGGACCUCAGCAGGGUCCUCUGCCCUGUGGGACGCUGGUGGUGGGGCCGUGGGUCCUGAUCCUGCCAGCCCUGCAGGUGCCUCGUGUGCGGGCUCGGUGCUGCGGGCCAGGUUUGCUGCUGCUCCCUCCACCAGCAAGCAUUCUGCAAAGGAGGAGGCGUGUUUAAAAAUUAUUUCUGGUGCAGAAAAAAAGUAAAGAAAGAGUAAAUACACGUUCUUCAAAGUUCCUCUCUCCUCCUGUUUCCCCUAUAUCUUGUUAACAUGCUUCGAUAUCGCUAUCUCCUGGGCUUGUGAUAAAGGAGAAGAAAGGAAGGGCAUGGAAGGGGGUCUUGGAAAAUAUUACGGUUGCAGGGCUUAUGUUUUCCCCUGGAGGAUUUAGACCUGCAGGGGAGGGUAAUUUUUUUUUUUUUCCUGUAGCCCUUCAGAGGAAAGCACUGCUCUCAAAGCCCUGUGAGCGAGAGCGCUUUGAGUGCCGCUGCGUGCAAAAGCGCCGCUGCGCCGAGCCGCGUGGCUUCCCGCCGGCGGUGUGCAGGGUGCAGAGCUCUGCGAAGGCUCAGGAGGGGCUGCUCCCCCCCUGGUUGUCCUCACCUGCAGCCAGCAGCCCCCCUCAGGAGCCCUCCUUGCUCCCCAGGACCAGGCUGCAGCGGGUCCCCCCCAUGGUGCCACCGGUUGUCCCCUUCUGGUCCCCCUGCUGCGGGGCGCGGCGCUCGCUAAAGCCAUUUUCACGCCGACCUGGGUGAGAAACGCAUCCAGCUACAGAGCCGAGGCUGGUGCACGAGCCUUUCCUUAUUGAUACCAGAAGGAAAAAUAAAAAACAACAACAAAAACCCCGCGGACUGUCUCGUCCCAGGGCCAGGAAGCGGGGAUGACCGGCGCGCUCCCCUGCCCAUCACGUGGCAGCCGCUGGGACCGUUCCCCGCGCCUGGUUCCCCCCUGGGCUUCGCAGGGCUUUAAAUAAUUCCAGCGCGACGGAGUUUCCUCCGCUUCCCUGAUGAGAUCACUCCCCGCCUCAUAAAUCUCGCGGCCAGGAAGUUCCACCUGAUGUGCAGCUUAAUUUUUCCCCUACUUAAACCCAUCCCGUCACUCGUCUCGCUAAAGGAAAAAUCUGUUUGGGCCGGAGCUGCGAAGGCGGUGGACCCGUGCCAGUUUACACCCCGAGCCGGCUCCGGCCGCCUCUUUUUUUUUUGAUUUUCUCCUUUUUUUUUGGCUUGGGUGCUGCUCUCUGGGGUGCAGUAGGAGGUGGUGGGCUCUGUCAGCCGGGCUCGCGGGAGGCUGCGUCCCUGCGUGGUGCUGAGCGCCAGGCAAACCCCGCGGCAGGAGCCGGCUGCUUCCAUCUCCGGGGUGAAAACAUGCAGGAAAAUAACACGUGCUGCUCGCUGGGCUUCACCUCCUGCUGUGGCAGCCUCGGGGUUGUUCUUAUUCCUUAUUUUGAAGCUUUUCUUUAAAAUAUAGCUUCACAGCAGUGCAGCCGAGGGCGGGCAGAGCAUGAGUCCGGCUGUUGCAUCCUUAGGGAUGUCCAUGAGGAGCCCCGUUUCUCCCCACCUGGAGCUCGAUGGGGCGGGCAGCAUGGUGAACUGCACCAUCAAGACGGAGGAGAAGAAGGAGGGCGGCUACGAGUCCCCGCCGGGGGCUGCCCCCAGCGCCGAGCCCCGACCCAGUGACCCCCCGGGACCACCUCCGAGGGAGGGCACGGACCCCCAGGCUCUGCCACAGGAGUCCCAUUCGCCCACCAGCGAUGCGCUGGAGCCCCGGCGCUCGGCCUUCGAGCCGGCUGUCAGCAGCCAGGAGAAGCUGGACUUCAACAAGAACCUAAAAGAGGUGAUGCCAACCAUCGAGAAAUUGCUGUCCAGUGACUGGAAGGAGCGGCUGCUGGGCCGAAACGCUGCCGAGACCAAAGAAGUGAAGGGAACCCAGGAGAGCCUGGCGGAGAAGGAGCUGCAGCUCCUGGUGAUGAUCAACCAGCUGUCCACGCUGCGGGACCAGCUCCUGACGGCGCACUCGGAGCAGAAGAACAUGGCUGCGAUGCUCUUCGAGAAGCAGCAGCAGCAGAUGGAGCUGGCGCGGCAGCAGCAGGAGCAGAUCGCGAAGCAGCAGCAGCAGCUCAUCCAGCAGCAGCACAAAAUCAACCUGCUGCAGCAACAGAUCCAGCAGGUCAACAUGCCGUACGUCAUGAUCCCCGCCUUCACCCCCAGCCACCAGCCUCUCCCCGUGACGCAGGACCCCCAGAUAGCGCUGCCCAUCCAGCCCAUCCCCUGCAAACCAGUGGAUUACCCCGUGCAGCUGCUGCACAGCCCCCCUCCUCCCACGCUGAAGAGACCCGGCGGCUCGAGCCACCUCCAGAUGCAGGAGACCUCGCAGCCGCUGAACCUGACGGCCAAACCCAAAGGCUCCGAGCUUCCCAGUGCCUCCAGCUCGCCCAGUUUGAAGAUGAGCAGCUGCCAAUCCCUCACGCCGAGCCACGGGGCCACGAGGGACCUGCAGACCAGCCCGUCCAACCUGCCUCUGGGCUUCCUGGGCGAAGGCGAUGCCAUCACCAAAGCCAUCCAGGACGCGCGGCAGCUGCUGCACGGCCACGGCGGGGCCAUGGAGGGCGCGCUCAGCCACCCCUACCGCAAGGAUCACGUCGGCCUGGACGCUUCCCCGGUGAAGGAGCGGCUGGAGGAGGCCCCCGCGCACCGCCUGGACGAGGCUCUGCUCAGCUGCGAGAUGGACGGCUCGCGGCACUUCCCCGAGUCCAGGAACAACAACCACAUCAAGCGGCCCAUGAACGCCUUCAUGGUGUGGGCCAAGGAUGAGAGGAGGAAGAUCCUGCAAGCCUUCCCCGACAUGCACAACUCCAGCAUCAGCAAGAUCCUGGGUUCCCGCUGGAAAUCCAUGACGAACCAGGAGAAGCAGCCCUACUACGAGGAGCAGGCGCGGCUGAGCCGGCAGCACCUGGAGAAAUACCCCGACUACAAGUACAAACCCCGGCCCAAACGCACGUGCAUCGUGGAGGGGAAGCGGCUGCGCGUGGGCGAGUACAAGGCGCUGAUGCGCAACCGGCGGCAGGACGCACGGCAGGGCUACUUGAUAGGGCCGCAGGGCAGCCAGAUGCCCCCCUCCUCCUCGGACGUGCUGUACCCGCGGGCGGUGGGCAUGCAGCUGACGCCCCCCCUGAUGGAGCACUACCUGCCCCGCAGCGUGGACCCCAACAUGCCCGUCAUCGUCAACACGCGCAGCCUCAAGGAAGGUGACGGCGGUGGCGGUGGCGGCGGUGGCGGUGACGACGGGCACUCGGUGGCCGACGGUGAGAUGUACCGCUACAGCGAGGACGAGGACUCGGAGGGCGAGGACAAGAGCGACGGCGAGCUGGUGGUGCUGACGGACUGAAUUUGGGGCUGGGGUGGGGGGCAGGUGGGGUAUUUUGGGUGGUGAGGUGAUGGAGAAGCGAUGCACGCUGCUGGGUGUUUGGGUACGUGGCCGUGCCGCCCCCAAUGCGCACGGGGUGGCUGCUAUGGGUGCCACCGAGCUGUCCCCCCCCCUGCACCCCCCCAGGAGGGGAUGGGGAUGUGGGAAAACCUCCCGAGCAUCACCCAGCUCUCCACCCCGGCACCACAGGGACCCUUGCUGAGAGCCUCACCCGCAGAGCACCCGCCAGCCCCCCAGGAUACGGGAUGGGGCCACGCUCAGCAGAGCCCCCCCCCAGCCCCGCUGCGUCUCCUUCCCGGCCCUCGGAGCCUGCCAGUGAAUUCCCACGGAGCCAAUUUUAGCUCUCGCCUGGCCGGAGCACGAGCCAAGGUCUCUGAGGAGCCCUUUAUGCUCCCGGCAGCCCUGGCCCACUUUGUAAAUAAAGCGGGGGCUGUUCCCCCCCCACCCUGCGCUGCUGCACCAGCCCCCCGGCAGCCCCUGGGUAUGUGCCGUGAUGCCAGGGUGCAUCCCUGGGGGGGGCCGAGGGGGGUUUCCUCUUGCCCCAGGAUGGUGAGCUGCACCCGUGACCUGAGAGAAAAACAGAGAUUAAAAAAAAAAAGGAAAUUAAAAGAAAAAAAAAAA